UUUGAUUUCCAAUACAGGUGGACGAAGCACCUCUCGUAUUAACGGUUUAACAGGUGUAUCACAGAGUACAACGAUCUUUAAUUCUGAAAAUGGCGUGCUUCAAUCUGUUACUGGCCACCUGUCUGAUAAUAAUAGGUCUGAGUAGUGUAAACUCACUACAGUGUGCAUCAUGUUCGUAUUCUGAAUCUUCGUGGUCGUCAUCAGGGGGUCAGUCUAGUUGCCUCACCGACCCUGCGUCAGAAACUACUGUCAGCUGCGAUACAAUGUGCUAUACCUGGGGUUACAACGUCGAGUCUAUAUUUGACUCCAUGAAUUUGAACGUGGAACGAGGAUGUGCUUCUACUUUAGAGAACAGUACCUGGGAACUGAAUGGCUGCGGUGAAUACACAGUUGAUUAUUCAUAUACUGCUUACGUGUGUACGUGUGACGAAGACGGCUGCAACGCCGAUGACUCAGGAUUCACUCAAUGUUACGAUUGCGAAAGUAGCAUUUGGGAUGAUUACAACUGUAUGAAUGAUCUUGAGGCCAACUAUGAACCGAUACCUUGCCUGACUGGAGGAACACGCUGUGCAGUACGAACAAUAGACUACGACAGUUGGUUAUCGUCCGAUUCAUUCGAAAGAUACUGUACAGACGAAGAAGCAAACGGUACCAGCGGAGAUUGCUCAACUGAUGCUAAUAACGACGAAACAUGCUAUUAUUACUGCGAGGGUGAUGGAUGCAACACGCGUGGAGGCGCCCUCAGCGUCGCCUCAGCCGCUUUGUUGAUCAGCAGCAUGGCAAUGGUUUCCCUCGUUCAAGUCGUCUCCUGGUAAACUUAAUCAGCGCAGUAUGUUGGUCGCAACGCAAUAGACCACGUGACCAACAUACGUAAAAUAACGAUGUUUAGAUUAUUAUUUCAGACCAAAAAUUCAACGUUAAUCGCAAUAUUGUAAACAAUUCCCUGAAACAUAUCAAAUUUUUGUAAUGACGAUCUCUUGAAGCCUUGCAUGUUCGGCGCGAAUUACUGCGCCCUCAUCGACUGAAUCGGACUUGAACUUGUAGUCAAUACAGCAUCGAUGAGGGCGUUUUAAUUUGAUAAUGAUACCAACUAGAGUGCAAGAUAUGUGAUACGAGACCACUUCAAGGGGCUCGAAAAUCAUGGUUACAUACACAGUUAGCUUCGAUUAGAGUAUUUAAAGAACGUUUUCAAGAAAUAAUCAGUGGCAUAGUUGCGUUUGUUGAUGAUCACUUACAAUUAUUCAUAUCUGUGAAUGACUGAACGAGCAAAUCAGAACACUGCGCCCUCUACGUCCAUAAACUGUUACGUUGAUCAGUUUCUCAGAUUCAUCAACACCGUAAGAUUGUUUUAAGGGGCGAGCUUUUAUUUCUGAAAAAUGGGAUGUGAUUCUGGUUCACGAGUCAAGCUCAUGAUCAUAUCCCUUGUCAAAAUCAUUACUGAGGGGGGGGGGGCUGAACAUGAGGGUUUUUGUUGCAAUACAAUCUUUGUCAAAUCAUACCUCAAAAAUCUCCGUCCACUAAACAGUUUAUUUUAUAAUUUUAAUAAUAUUUUUUUUAAUCAGUGUAACUCUCCUCACAAUGCAUCACAAAGUACUUCCGGUUGAUAAUUAAGAUAUGCAAAUGUGGAAUAGAUAUAAUUGUUUCCCAAAAUUGUAAUGAGAAAUGAUGACAUCACAAGAUAACCUAUAAUUGGGAAGGGGUACAACCUUGAUAGUUUAACAGCUCUUUCGCGUUCAUUGCUGGCCUGCAGCUUGUGAAUGGAUGCUGACACUUUACCAUCACGUGACCAAUGUGUGUGUUUGUUAUUCCAAUUACUCUAAUUACUGACUAUACUACGCACGCGUAUAUACAUUUUGCUUAUUCCACACAAGGAGUGAAUUAUUCAAUUAAAAUGACCCGUACGUGUUGCCUAGUUGCAUUUGAAGAAUUGUAGAUACAACAUUUGAUUUUGUUUGCACUGUAAAUAAAUUUUAUAUUUUAACUUUUUUUAUAUGUACAUUUUCUACUAUUAUCACGUCUAACAAUAUUUCUUUAUCUGUUCCCGUACUUUUUGUACUCUUCUGAGAGAUAAUUUGCAUAGCAAUACCAACAGCGACUAAUCAAAGACUAUUCCGUAACUUGGAUCACAGUCCCAUGUUAGAGGAACUGUGCUUGAAUUGAGUGAUUAUAGAAAGCGUGAUUGGCGCCAUAUUGUCAAUGUUGAAAUUUUAGUUGUAUUUGAUAUAUAUGACGGAUUGUAAAUAACUGUACCAUAAUCUUAUAAAUAAUGAAUUCUUUUAGAAAGUAUAGUCACGAGAAAGGAGAGAGGGGUCAUUUCAUUGCCAGGCAGUGCAUAUGGCAUGGAGUUAAUGUAACCUUUCGGACUUAGAUCAUUUGCGUGUUUCAGUGUCGCGUACGUGCCAGAGUACGUUAUUAAACCGCCAUCUUGAACAUCCUCGUUCUCAGGUAUUCGCGCAAUAGUAAUUUGAACAGUCUAUCUAUCACGCUGCGACUUGGGAAUCAGAUGUACAAUUUUGGAGCGUCACAAAUUUUCGAAAACAAAAAACACAACUCAUUUGAUUGGCGCUACGGGCAUAGCGUUGAGCCAACGAGUCAAGGACUUUCUGCGAACGAGGCUGAAGGUGAUUGCUGUAAUCUAUCACGCGCACCAAUAACCCGUAAAUGGUCUAACGUUCAUCUCCUUGGGAAUGUGAGGUAUACUUGUCAUGCGCAGUAUUAUCGAAUACGUGUACUGCGAAUGAUUGGGUGUAUAUAAAUUAUAAAUGACGGGGAAAAUCUUCUCCUGAGUAUUUGACACCUUCGUCACUGUCCUGUGUUCACUGGGAUGACCUCCCUUGGUUUUAGCGGAAUAAAUUGUAAUACAUUUAAUACAAAAA